GCCAAAAAUAACACCUCCCCUUGUUCAGCACCCAAAGUCGAAGGAUAGCUCUGGCCUUUGAAUUGAAGAAAGUGCUAGAUUUGUCACCGUUGUAUAAUAUAACAAUUUUCUGAGUGUCCAUAUUUGUUUUGGAACCGUCGGAAUUGUCUCAAUUUAAUGUGAGAGACAGAACUGGCGUCAAACAUGCGUAAAAAUCAACGCUGUCCAAGCAGGGAACCACCGAGAGAGGAAUUAUCGCCGUUCUUCUGAGGCCAAAUUGCGAUUAUUUUUGUCAAAUAAGGAAACAUAACACAGCUAGCAGGCUAACGUUAGCCCCCGUAGAUAGCUAGGCUGCCGACAUAUCUUCACACGAAAGCAGAAUCCAGCAGAUCAUCAAGAUUGGAUCUACAUUCGCAGCGGCAGGAAAACCUGUAGGCAGCAAUGGGUGCAUUCCUGGACAAGCCGAAGACAGAGAAGCAUAGUGCGCAUGGGGACGGCAAUGGACUGCGCUAUGGCCUCAGCUCCAUGCAGGGCUGGCGGGUGGAGAUGGAGGAUGCCCACACAGCAGUGGUGGGCCUCCCCCAUGGACUCACCGACUGGUCCUUCUUUGCUGUCUACGACGGCCAUGCAGGCUCCCGGGUGGCCAACUACUGCUCCGGCCACUUGCUGGAGCACAUCUUGUCAGGAGGAGCCGAUUUCAGUUCAGGAUCCAGCUCGGUGGAGGGCGUGAAGGACGGCAUCCGCUCGGGCUUCCUGAACAUUGAUGAGUACAUGCGCAGCUUCGCGGACCUGCGGCAGGGCCUGGACCGUAGCGGAUCAACAGCUGUGUGCGUGUUGCUCAGCCCGUCCCACCUCUACUUCAUUAACUGCGGCGACUCGCGGGCCGUGCUGAGCCGAGACAGCAAGGUGGGCUUCUCCACCCAGGACCACAAACCCUGCAACCCCCGCGAAAAGGAGCGCAUCCAGAACGCUGGCGGCUCGGUCAUGAUCCAGAGGGUAAAUGGUUCCCUGGCUGUGUCCCGGGCCCUGGGGGACUAUGACUACAAAUGUGUGGAUGGUAAGGGCCCCACGGAGCAGCUGGUGAGCCCCGAGCCAGAGGUGUGUGUGUUGGAGCGGGCAGCCGAAGGAGAUGAGUUUGUGGUGCUGGCGUGUGAUGGAAUCUGGGACGUCAUGUCCAACGACGAGCUGUGUGAGUUUGUCCGCUCACGACUCCAGGUGUGUGAUGACCUGGAGAAGGUGUGUAACUCAGUGGUGGACACCUGUCUGCAUAAGGGGAGCAGGGACAAUAUGAGCGUGGUGGUGGUGUGUUUACCCGGAGCUCCCAAGAUUUCAGAGGAGGCCGUGAAGAAAGAAGAGGAGUUGGAUAAAUACCUGGAGACCCGUGUCGAGGAGCUGCUGGGAAACUGUGGGGAAGCGGGAGUCCCUGACCUGGUGUCUGUCCUGAGGAGCAUCGCCACAGAGAACAUCCCCAACCUUCCACCUGGAGGAGGCCUGGCUAGCAAACGGAGCGUGAUCGAGGCGAUGUACAACAAGCUGAACCCUCACAGAGAAGAGGAAGGGGCCUGUGCGGGGGGAGAGGAGGAGGAGAGUGAUGAGGGAGGUGGCAGCACGGCAGCUCAUCUGCUGGAGGCUCUGCGGCAGUUCCGCCUGCACCACCGGGGGCAGUACCGCACGGUGCUGGAGGAGUCCCUGGCCGCCUUCCACCUGCACGGGGAGGAGAGCACUGCCGAGGGAGCCGGGGAGGGCAGGAGGAUCUGCCACGACGACGACGGCGACAACAACGACAACAAUGACAGCCAGGAGCAGCCCGCCUUCCCUCCCUCUCCCCCCUCGCCCCCGCCCUCACCUGCCAAUGCAGAGCCGGAGAGCAGCCAAGAUGCGCCUGCCCCUGAGUUCAAUCCCUCCUCUAAAUGAGCACCCAGCUCCAAUCAGAUGUGCUAUGACCUCUCCUCCUUUUCCCUUCAUCACAGAACUUGAAUGGAAAAAUCAACCUCUCCUGGCUCUAUGACAAGUCUGCUUUUUCCCCAUUUAUGAAUAUUCCAAUAAUGCAGUGGAAAUAAAAAACAGCCCCUGUGUCUAUUCAAGUUCUGUGUUGGAGUUUAUAUAUUCCCUCUACCUUCAAAGGUCUCUUUCCUUCUCUUCUCUGUCUGUGGUCCCUUCCUGCUCAUCACCUUGGCUUGGACUCCCUUACUUGCCAGCCACUUUUACGCCCUAAUCUCACAGACUGAUGUUUACAACUGAAGAUAAUAACAAAUAAUUAUAACAUGCAGAAGUGGCUGGUGAAGCAGAAAUGAACCUUGCUCCAUGGCCUACAUUUACCAGUAUUGGCUUCUGGCUGAUCCCCCCUCCCCCCUCCCUCCCUGCACCCCCAACACCUGCUUUACAGCAAAACGAACUGUCAAAGAAAAGGAGAGAAGACCGUCUGAACUGCAGCUGUGAUCAACACACGGCUCUAUGUUCAGGCUGACCCUGUCUGCAGACUCAGAAAGCUAUCUUUUGCGUAUAUGUAUGUGUGUCUGUGUGUGUGUACGUGUGAGUUUGACUGACCAAGAAAGGCACAAAUCGUCACUACUGAAAUGUGUGGUCUUGGUAGCGGGUGAUUCUUCAGAUUUUUAGUCCUGUAACAGCUUUAUCAACAAAGUGAGGAUGUUUAAAUAGUCUGGGUUGGGUUUAACUGGGCAGUUGUACCACAGUGUCUGGGGUUUAGGAGGUGUAUGCUUGUAGUUUGAGCUUAUUUUCCUUAAAAUCAUUCCAUCACCUCAUGAACAUAACAUCAUAUCACCACAUGUUAAUAUGCUGCCUCAUACUAAUGCACAACAAGGCGGAAGUUUGUAGCUUUUGGGUGGAUUUAAAUGUAUCACCGAUCAACGUUUCUAGAUGAUAAGAACUGUUAUUCUUCGUGCACUGCGGACCAUCAGAUUUAAUGCAGAAAACAAAUAUAUGGAUGACCAAUGAAGGGAAAGCAUCAGUAAUGGAUGGAUGGAGCGCCAAUUCCAAAGGUUGUUUGCCCUGAGAACAAAGCAUAUUCUUUUCUGUAGGUAGUAUCUCGUUCCAUAUGGCUUUGACGUGGUUCAAGUUUUACCAAAGCUUCGCCAGAAUCAGCUGUUAACUGCAGUCAGCAGCUCGAGUCGUGACUACUGCUGGCAAAGAACCCUUGAUGAUAGACAGGUCUGAGAUGUCUCCACAGGGAAGCUCAGGAGGGGAACUUUGUGCUGUGCCCCAAGCGGAGGACAAACAAAAACAAAGACACAAGUCCCUCACCCUUGAAGGUUUUUUCUCAUGUACAACUAAAAAAAACAUUGUCUGAAAAACACUUCAGAUGAAGCAUUCCUCACCUUAUUGAUGCUUGAUUUGUGUUAUGGAAGAAGAAGCUGGUUCAGAAGUGCCUGAAGAGUUGUUUUUUUUUCUGUUUUACAAGAGAAAUACCUCACGGGUGAAAAUGUACUCAUUAUUUGUCAAAUGUACAGUACAUUGGAUUUACUGUGACACCUCCUCAUGGCUGCACAUCUAGUGACCAUUCUGGGAUUGUACACUUGAUGACAUAUUAAUGUGUUAGGGCCUGUGUCCAUUAAUGGUGUUUUUGCUAUUGCAGCACUCACAAACUCAUUGUCAACGUCCCAUUGCUUACUGUUGCUAGCUUACACUACCACUUCCCUUACUAGUGAUUGUUAAGUCUGUUUUAAGUUGCUCUAUUCUAUAUGCUUAAUAUUUCCUUUUUGCUUAACCCCCAUAUGGACCUCAGUGACUGCUGUUGACAAAGUUGGUAUCGGAAGCCCCUCCCCUUCUUAAUUUUGAUUAGUCUGUGAUGGAGAUAUUACAUUGACGAGUACAGGGGUGUUCUAAGAGUUUAACUAUUUUCAAAUGAGAGCAUUUAGAGCGCAGCUUCAAAAAACUGCUGAUGCUGAAAACUUUUUUUUUUUUUGCUAAGGACGCUACCAGUGCAGAAACCGCCUUUAGUGGACACAGGCCCUUAUAUUUGCAAACAAGUGAUUUAUUAAAGCUCCUGUGAGGAUCUUUCUGUAUAUGUUGAUUCUGGCGCCCCCUGUGGACAUAGUGGUACGCCUUAUUUCUUGACCGACUUUGUCCUGAUCAUGUGUAAAUUGUGAUUUGCACUCAUACUUCACUUAAAAUCUUUGCCAGGGUAAAUAAAGGCUGUUUCACUCCGACUGACCCCCCCCCAGUGGUUUCAGACAUUAAAGAUAACAAUGUAGGAGUACUCCAUCUUCAUGUGGAUGGUCUGGUUUACUUUUGUAGCUCAUAUGGAGACAUCAGUUUGAAUUUCAGCCAGUUUUGUAAUCAGCUAAAAACUCCUCACAGGAGCUUUAAGUACUUGGUUUUAAAUCCCUGAAGACAGGCUAGCAAGCCAUCUGUCUGAGAAUAGCUAAGUACAUCAGAUGAAAGUUGAGCCCAGUCAAACUUCGGGGGUCACUCCAACCAUUACACCCACAGUUGGCUGGUGUUGCUGGUGAAUAUGCUAACAGUCAAAAUGUAGCAUUCUGUGUUCGGCUUGUUUUCAUGCUAACAUUCAGUAUACAAUGUUUAUCAUGCUAGAUUGCUAAUAAUGUUUUUAUAACAACAUGCUACAGGAUAUCUCAUCACUUGUGUGUUAGACAGCUGUUAGCUCACAGGCUUUCUGUCACGGAUGGAAGUGUUAGACAGGCAGUGGAAAAGUGACCUAAAAAUGGCAUCGACUGGAAUCAAAUGUUCCUCCAAAAUAUCAGUCUGUCUAGUAGUUAAAAUAUUAAACAUAGAAGGGUAACCUAUUGGAUUAACUGUGGCUGGAUUUGUUAAUAUCUUCAAGAGCAGAUAGAGGAGAGUUACUGUACGUCUGUAUAAUGUACCCAUUGACUCUGGUAAUGCAUGCACUGCACUUAUCUUUUCAAUAAAGGCACUUAGAUUUCAGAGAGGAGGGUGUGCUAAACACUGUGUGUGUGUGCAUUUGUGCGUUUGCGUAUGAAUGAGUUGUAUUUGUAUGCGAUCAUGUGGGACGAAUCAGUCCCAUGCAGUUACAAAUGAUAAAUGAACAAAAAUAAAAAUUGAUUUAAGGUAUAAUGCUA